GGAAAACCCAGCUCCUUCAUUGGGGUCCACAACUCUCGCGAUACGGAUCUUGUCAUCCAGCGUCCCCACGAACACGCGGAUUCGAGAUUCAGCGGGACCUCUCAAAGCCGAUGAAGACUAUUUCCCUCGCUAGCUUCAAGAUGGCCUGCGCCCUUGGAAUUGGAUAUAAAGCGAGCUAUGGUCCGGGAACUGGACGUGGAUUGAAUCUGCAUCAAUCCACACUUCUCUCGAGGGCACCCCAAAGCAUCCAAAAACACUACAAUCCAGCCUUCUUCUACUUAUCAGAGCUCAUUAUUUGUUUGAUUAAGUACCAACAUCAACGCAGUCACAAUGGCACCACCGGCAUCUCUCCCUACUGUCAAGCUUGGCAAGACCGGCGUUCGGAUACCCAAGCUUGGGUUUGGCAUGAUGGGCCUCAGCCUGGCCUAUGGAAGCGUAGGAACCAUGGAGGACCGUCUCGCCGUGCUCGACCGCGCCUGGGAGCUGGGCAGCACUAACUGGGACUCGUCCGACUUCUACGGCGACAGCGAGGAGCUGAUCGGCCGCUGGUUCGCCCUGCACCCCGAGCGCCGCGCCGAUAUCUUCCUGGCGACCAAGUUCGCGGCCAAAAUGACCAUCACCGAGACGGGCGAGAUGGCGACGAGCGCCGACUGCAGCCCCGAGUACACGCGCGCGGCAUGCGAGCGCAGCCUGAAGCGGCUCGGCAUCGAGUCAAUAGAUUUGUACUACAUCCAUAGGCUCGACGGCAAGACGCCCAUCGAAGUGACCAUGAAGACGCUCCAGGAGCUCAAGCGCGAAGGUAAAAUCCGGGGCAUCGGCAUCUCAGAAUGCUCGGCCGCGACGCUGAGGCGCGCGUACAAAAUCGAGCCGGUAGAAGCCGUGCAAGUUGAGUACAACCCCUGGCAACUCGACAUUGAGAACAGCGUCGGCACCCACCUUCUCGCCGCUUGCCGCGAGCUCGGCGUCACCGUCUUUGCCUACUCGCCUCUCGGGCGCGGCUUCUUGACGGGCCAGAUCCGGACCAUCGACGAUUUCGCACCCGACGACUUCCGCCGUGUGGUUCCCAGGUUCAGCCCCGAGAACUUUCCCAAGAACCUGGUGCUUGCCGACAAGUUCAAGGCCAUGGCUGCUGCCAAGGGCUGCACUUCGGGCCAGCUCGCUCUCGCGUGGCUGAUGGCACAGGGGCCUGACAUCGUCCCCAUUCCCGGCACGAAAAAAAUCGGGUAUCUUGAGGAGAACAUUGGAGCCGUCAACGUCUCACUCAGCGCAGAGGAGGAGAAGGAGAUCAGGGCCAAGAUCGAGACGAUGGAUAUUGCCGGUACUCGUGCCCCAGUGGGAUUUUUUACUCAAUUUGCUGAUACGCCAGAGUUGUAAGCUUGCUAGAAGAGGAUGGUUGUACUUUGGAUACAGAGGAAUCAAGCUUAGGUGGCUGGUGUCUGGGAACGUCAUUAGGUACCUAAGGGAGCAACUGCGCCCCGACACGGAAACAUCGUUUGCUGCGGUCUCUAUGCCCAAGUAAGUUCCAACAGUGCGUUACUAUUGCUAAAUAAUAUAAUAACACAA